CACCUAACAGGAGAAAUUUGACAUACAAUUGUCCCCAAAAAUAGGACUAAAAUGCAAAGCAAGAAAUUUGAAUCAUUUUCCCAUUCCUUUUGCGCAUGGUUGAGUUGUUCCGGUAGCGCCAAGCCAGCAACCACCGUGCUGGUAGUGCCGCUACCUAGUGCAUCCGCCGUGCGCAACCAUUGUCUCGUGAUGAAAAAUGGAGAAUUACCCAGAUUCUCAGCACGAAGGCAUCAUUACCACCGCCGUAGCUAUUGAUAGAGACAAGAACAGUCAAUUUGCCCUCAAAUGGACCCUUGAUAAUUUACCGUUGAAGGAUAAUCAAAUUAUCCUUAUCCAUGUUUCAAUCCCACAAAAUUUGCGAUCCGCUGCAGAAGGUGCCGUCCCUAAAGUAGGUAGUUCACCUACUCUGGCUGAAAUUCCACAGUUCUUCCUUCCCUACCGUGGGCUUUGUGCUCGAAAGAGGAUCCAUGCUAAGGAAGUGAUUCUCCUUGAGGCUGAUGUUGCAACUGCACUCACUGAGUAUAUAAUUGAUAAUUCCAUCACCACCAUUGUUCUUGGUGCUUCAAGCCGGAGUUACAUAAAAAGGGCAUUUAGAAACCUAGAUGUGCCAAGUUCUUUAGGAAAAUCUGCACCCAAUUCCUGUUCAGUAUAUACCGUAUCGAAGACAAGAGUUCUGAAAAUUAAAUCUGUUUCGCCCAAUACCAUAAGGCAAUCACCUCAUACUGGAUUCUCGCCAGAUACGGCCAGCUCUGCAGAUAUUUUUAGUGUUGGUAGUUGGAGAUCUGCUGCAUCUGAGAGAUCAUCAACUGAUGAAGGCAGCCAGAGAAUGUCGAUAGACACUACUCAUGAUAUGCAUUCUGUUAGCAAGAACUCAUAUGUCUUUCAAUCAGGGACCAAUAGCAGUGGAGUUCUGCAAAUGUCUCCAUUGGAAAGACGUUAUGGGAGUAAAAAUCCUACUCCUCCAUAUUUGGCAUACGCCAACUUUGAAUCUGCUCAUGACAUGCAUUAUGUUAGCGAGAAUUCAUCUCCCCUUCUAUCAGUGACCAAUAGCAGUGAAUUUCUGCAAAUGUCUCCAUGGGAAAGGCGUUAUGGCAGUAAAAAUCCUUCACCUCCAAAUUUGGCGGACACCAGCUUUGAAUCUAUGCAAAACACUCCACAAAUGAACAAUCUCAAUCUUCAUCUUCGCACUAAAGAGAAUUUAUUUCAGUCUGUAUCUUCCUCUAGUGAUCUUUCAGAUUUGAUGAGUUUCCAGUCAUCCAAUAUAUCAUUUGAACCUUUAGACCAGCCCCGCACUUCUGAUGCCACUAGGAUCUCCACCUCCUCCCAAGCAGCGGGAGAAUUAGAGAAUGAAUUAAAGAGAUUGAGAUUUGAACUGAAGCAAAUCACACUGCUUUACAAUGCUGCUUGUAAAGAAGCAGUAACUGCAAGGGAAAAGGUAAGAGAGAUUGGUCAAUGGAAGUCAGAGCACGCACACAAGUUAGAAGAAGUCAAGCAUGCGCAGGAGGUUGCAUUGGCUAUAGUAGAGAGGGAGAAGCAAAAGUGCAAGGAAGCUGUUGAAGCAGCAAAUAAGGCUCAACAGAUCGCAGAAAUGGAGUCUGAAAAGCGAAAACGUGCAGAACUAAAGUUUAAGUUGGAGGCUCAAGAGAAGCAGAAAGCAAUGGAAGCAUUGUCACGAAUUGAAGUUAGAUAUAGAAAAUACCUAAUUGACGAAAUUGAAGUUGCAACUAAUUGCUUCUCCAGUUCAGGAAAGAUAGGUGAAGGUGGAUAUGGGUCUGUCUUUAAAGCAACUCUUGAUCAUACAUCUGUUGCCAUUAAGGUUUUGAGGCCGGACUUAUCACAAGGACAAAAACAAUUUCAGAGAGAGCUUGAGGUGUUGAGCCACCUAAGGCAUCCAAAUUUGGUAAUCCUUUUGGGCGCCUGCCCCGAGUUUUGUUGCCUUGUAUACGAGUACAUGGAAAAUGGAAGCUUAGAAGACAGGCUAUGUCUUAAGAAUGACACUCCACCUAUUCCAUGGAGCACCCGUUUCAGAAUAGCUGCUGAAAUUGCUACAGCCCUCCUCUUCCUCCAUCAGACAAGACCAAAUCCCCUUGUGCAUUGCGACCUCAAACCUGGCAACAUUUUAUUGGAUCGUAACUACGUGAGCAAGAUAAGUGACGUUGGCCUAUCUAGGUUAGUUCCCUCAUCUUUGGCCGACAAUCUUACCCAGUAUCAUAUGACAGCAGCAGUGGGCACAUUCUGUUACAUUGACCCUGAGUAUCAACAGACUGGAAUGUUAGGAACAAAAUCGGAUAUUUAUUCUUUUGGUAUAAUUUUGUUGCAAAUGAUCACUGCCAAGCCUGCUAUGGGUCUGGCCUAUAUUGUUGAGCGGGCUAUUGUGAAAGGGCAGUUUACAGAGAUACUCGAUCAAAUGGUGAAAGAUUGGCCAGUUGAGGAGGCUUUAUCAUUGGCUAAAUUGGCUUUGAAGUGUUGUGAACUGAGGAAGAGGGACAGGCCAGAACUCGAUUCAGUGAUAUUGCCAGAACUUGAACGACUGAGAGAACUCGGAUUAGAAAAUGAAGCCAAAGAUGGAUUCAACCCUAUGAAUCUGCAAUAUCCACAUUUUCAAAAAGCUUAGCUUUAAGCCAGGAAACCAGAAUCACCUAUUCUGAGGUGCAAAUGGAAAAUCAUAGCAAAUAUGCAUCUGAAAGUACCAUCAGCAGAUUUGCAAGACUUGGAACCCCAGAUUAACUCUUCAUGGGGCCCGGAAAACUAACUAGCGACGGCUUGAGGACUCACGGCAAGCUUUUUACUAAUACCACCCUGGCUCAAAUUUUCUAUUUCUUACCAUGCACUUCUCAGUUUCCUCCCCUCAUUAAGGCUUUAUAAUAUUUUGUCAAACAUUUAGCAACCUCUAAAGCUCAAAAAGUGUAGAUAAAUAGUAUAUGCAUGAACAUAGAAAUAGUAGCAUCUCGUACUUUAGAUGAAGAAAUAGAAGGGUUCUAACUUUCUCUUUUUGCUGCUGAAGUGAUUUGUGGUUUGAAGAGAGAGAGGGGGGGUAACCAUAAUGUAAAGGAAGGGAAACAUGUGGGCUAUUAAUAAUUUGUCCAUUCUAGCGUUUAAUGUCAAUGUAAUUAGACUGGACACCACUCAAAUUUUGUUACGGUGUC